AUGCCAUACUUUUCAAUUAGCCGUCUGCUUGUUGUUAAACAUUUUAAAGGGAUUGUUGCUUGUGCCAAUCUUCGCGGGGGAAGCGAAUACGGAGAAGACUGGCACAUGAAUGGAAUGAAAGAAAAGAAACAAAACGUGUUUGACGAUUUCAUUGCUGCUGCUGAAUAUCUUAUCCAUGAAAAAUACACAUGUACCAAAAAAUUGGCAAUUCAUGGUGGUUCGAAUGGAGGUUUACUGGUAGCGGCAUGCUCACAGCAACGUCCUGAUCUAUAUGGUGCAGUGUUGAAUCGCGUUGGCGUUAUGGAUAUGCUACGAUUUCACAGAUUCACCGUAGGCGGUGCAUGGGUACCGGAAUAUGGCAAUCCUGACGAGGAAAAAGAUUUCAGCUACAUCUACAAGUACUCUCCUCUUCACAACAUCAAAUUUCCCUCAAACGGCCAGUGGCCUUCUACCCUCAUGAUGACUGCAGACCACGAUGACCGAGUGGUCCCUAGCCACACUCUCAAAUAUGCGGCAACAUUGAUGGAAAAGGCACGGCGUUCAUUGAGAUCUUGUAUGAAAUAG